AUGUUGGACAGCGCUGAUAAUGAUAAUCACUCGUCAUCACAGAAUAAAAGUUAUCUGCAAAAGAUGAGUAAUGAAGAAAGGAAGAAUACAGAAGCGGAACUUUAUUCGAUUAUACGCGAAGGGCUUAAAGAAAUGAUGCUAUCAAAGAAGGCAUCCACAUCAUCGAGUAAUCAUAGAACUUCAUGCUCAACCACGAAUCACCGUGAUACAUUGCGGAUAAAAGCUGAAUAUCGCGGUGAAAAGUUUUGUAUCGAAAUGCGACGUCCAGUUUUAUUUGAACACUUAUUCGAGCAUUUAUCAUCGAAAUAUAAUCGUCAGUUGAAUAUUUAUUAUACGCUUAGUAACAGUGAACUGAUCGUACCGAUACGCAACCAACUUGAAUUGGAUCGAGCUGUCGAAUUACUUGAUCGAUCACCAGCUCAACGAAGUUUACGACUUGUUUUAUCAAGACACUAUUCGGACUCAUCACCCACAUCUUACUCGGCUCCGCAAGGCAAUUUUAUGCCUGAUGCAUCCGGAACAUUCACGUCUUCAGCAGCGACAUCAUCAAGCAUAAUCGAGGUUGAUGAAUUGAAAUUUGAUACAGAAAAAGAAAAGUUAUUAACAUUUGAGAUACCAUACUCGGGAUGUCACUCAUGCUCAUCAGCGAGCAAUAGCACCUCAACAGCGACUGCAAAUCGAUGGCGAGGUGCGCGAAGUGGUGGAGGGAGUAGUGCAAGUAGUGGUAUUGUUCUAGCAGAUUAUCAUUAUUACGAUAACAAUGAUUACGAACGUCGUAAUACUAACACACCUCGUGCUCCAACCAAUUGGAAACAAGGUAAAUGUAUCGGUUCUGGUGCAUUUNCAUUUGGUCAAGUGUUUUUGUGUUAUGAUGUUGAUACGGGCAAGGAAAUUGCUCUCAAGAGGUUGCAUUUCGCGCGUUCGGAUACUCACUUGAAGAAGCAGAUUGUGCAGCUGGAGAAUGAAAUCAACCUUUUGAGUACAAUACAACACAAACGGAUUGUACAGUAUUUGGGUGUACAGCGCACAGAUGAAUCAAUAUCGAUAUUUAUGGAAUACAUGGCGGGUGGUUCAGUAAAAGAUCUUAUUUCGACAUACGGACCCCUGUCGAGUGCAGUCGCAAGAAAAUAUACUUAUCAGGUACUACAAGGGCUUGCAUAUUUGCAUCGUAACGAUAUGAUACAUCGUGAUAUCAAAUCAGCGAAUAUUCUUCGAGAUUCGCAUGGCAACGUUAAGAUCGGUGAUUUCGGUUCAGCGAAACGUCUUCAAACAAUCUGUAGUCAACAGAGUGCAUCAUUCAUUGGUACACCGCAUUAUAUGGCACCAGAAGUGGUGCUUGGUAAGAGUGCUUAUGGACGUAAGGCAGACAUUUGGAGUGUUGGAUGCACACUCGUCGAGAUGCUAACUGGUACACCACCAUGGUAUGGACUUGAGCCAAUGGCUGUCAUCUUCAAUAUUGCUUAUCAGCAUCCCAUUUAUGAACUACCAUCAAAUACUGAUCCUACUCUCUCUGAAUUGCUUACUCUUUUGCUUGAAAGAGCACCUGAAAACAGGCCAAGUGCAGUAGAUUUGCUCACCAAACAUCCAGCAUUUACCCAAUUUCUUUCGCAUCAUUAA